AUGAGCGAAUUUGGUUGCCGUUGCCAAACAGAGAAGGUCCUGAAGCAUCUCCUAUCGAAAGGAAUUAUUUCCGAGGAGCACCCGUGUGGUUUGUUCAUCGAUAGUGGUGUGUUGCUCGAAAACAUGAACGAAAUCAAAGAAGCGUUUCCCGAACCUUUUUUCAAGCACCGAUACGCCAUCAAAGCCAACCCGAUCAAAAAAUUGAUCCGCUUUAUCGGCGAGCAUGGAUUUGGAGUGGAGUGCGCAUCGUUUGAGGAGUUAUCCAUCGCUUUGGAAUCGGGUAUUCCGGCAAGUGAGAUUGUCUACGAUUUUCCACUGAAGAGGAAGCAUGACCUGCAGUUUUGCUUUGAGCAUGGAAUCCACAUCAACUUCGAUAAUCUGCAGGAGAUGGAAAUGGGGUACAAUCUCUACCGCUCCCUCGAGUCGGAAGGCAAGGUGCUUCGCGGCUCGAUCGGUGUCCGUAUCAACUCGCAGUACGGAGUUGGAGCCAUUGAGGCCACUUCCACCGCUGCGCCGACUUCCAAAUUCGGUGUUCCGAUCAAAGACACAGAUUACAAUGAGCUUUUAGGACUCUUUGCGAAAUGGCCCGAAGUGAACGGCCUUCACAGCCAUGUGGGAUCACAAGGAAUUGACCUCAGCUCUAUGGUGAACGGCGUCAAGUUCAUUCUUGACCUGGCCGACCGAUUAAAUCGGGAUCUCCACCGGAAGCAGAUCACGGUUUUGGACAUCGGCGGCGGCCUCCCCGUCGACUACAAGAGCGAUUGCAGCAACCACAUGCCUCUCCACUACGCAGAGCAAUUACGAGCCAAGGUGCCUCGAUUGUUCUCGGGCGAAUUCACUGUGAUCACGGAGAACGGACGGUGGGUCGUUGCCACGUCGGGAUGGUUCGUUUCGAGAGUGGAAUACACCAAGAUUGCCGGAGGCGUACUUGUCGGAAUUACGCACGCCGGCGGAAAUAUGUUCGUGCGAGAAGUGUAUAUGCCGUCCACAUGGUCUCAUCCGAUUUCUGUGUACGAUCGAGAUGGAGGAAAGAAACGAGAUAAUGUGCGCACAGCGAGCAUAGCGGGUCCUCUGUGCUUCAGCGGAGAUUUGAUCGCGAAAGAGGUUCCGCUGCCCGCAUUUGAGCAGGGCGAUUUUGUCGUGUACCACCACACUGCGGCCUAUUCCAUCUCCAUGUACUCGAUUUAUAACUGCAUUUCGGCACCUCCGGCCUUCAUGUAUUCUGUUAAGGCGGAUAACGGGGAAGUGGAUGUUUGCUGCAUCAAGAGAAAAAGAAAUGUAUCCGAAGUAUCUGGUUUUUGGGAUGCAUAA